AAUUAAAAAGAAGAAGAAGAAGAAUCUUGUGUUAUAAUCAGAAACAACGAAUAAACUAUAUAAUCUGUGUGAUAGAUAAGUAACAUAAGAAAGCAGCCUAAAAAAGAAGAAGCCUUUCGCUAUACUGAUAUGGUUUAGCCAUUACAAUUUAUAUUUAGUUGUUUUUCAUACCCGUGUUUCACAGGAAGAAAAAACAUGGCAAAUUUUACGACAGAUGGCCAGUUAUGUAUCGGUCGUGAGAUUAACGUGGAACCACAUCAAUUUAAUGAUUUAUCAUCAAGUUUUGAUAUCGAGGAAACUUGCAAAUGGAUAUCAGAUCAUAAUUUCACGAAGAUUUCUCUUCAAUUUCCUGAUGAGCUGCUGCCAGUGAGUACCAAAGUGUAUGAAGAAAUAAAGAAGAGAAUUGAUAUUGAUUUAUACAUACUUGGAGAUACUUCAUAUGCUAGUUGUUGUAUUGAUGCUGUUGCUGCAAUGCAUGUGAAAUCAGAUGCUGUUGUUCACUAUGGCCACACCUGUUUUACCAAAACAAAUAUUCCUGUUUACAUUGUACUACCAAAAUCCCUACUGAAUGUUGAUAAAGUUAUGAAAGGUAUCACUGAGGACAAACAGGCAGAAGAGAAUAACAAACUUUGUUUAUUUUAUGGUUCAGAAUAUGAUCAUUGUAAAGAUAAUUUAAAGAGAAUCUGGUUUCAAUGUUUUCCAAGAAGUUACAUUGCUUAUAUUGAAAAAGUGGACCAUAAAGAUAGAUUCUUAGGACGGCUUGUUCAGGAUGCAACAGGCCAAACAUAUUCAGUGGAUAUUCUAGAGGAUUGCUUUUGCAUUUUUAUUGGUUCCAGGGGACAAACUAUAUUCAAUUUGACUAUCUCUGUCCUAGCCAAAGGUUGGUAUCUUUUCAACCCCGACAAGAAUAAAUUGGAACAUAUAGAUGAAACCAGUUGGAUGAAGCGCAGAAGAUUUUUGGUUGAAAAAUGUAAGGAUGCUGAAGUUGUUGGGAUUCUAGUGUGUAAGUUGGCUGGUGAACAGACAAAAGAAAUUAUCAGUAGGAUGAAGCAAUUGUGCCGCAUUAAUGGCAAGAAAAACUACAUUGUAUCUGUAGGAAAACCAAAUGUUGCUAAAUUAGCAAAUUUCCCAGAAAUUGAUAUAUAUGUAAUGAUAGCAUGCCCAGAAAAUGAUUUAUAUAGCAAUAGAGAUUUCUAUAAACCUAUUGUCUAUCCAUAUGAAUUAGAAGUAGCUCUGAACUCCAAAAGAGAUCAAUAUUUUACAACUCAUGUCACAGAUUAUGAUGAUUUACUCAAUGGUAAGAGACACCAUUGUGAAAUUGACAAUAUUAAGGAAGAAACAGAUGUCAGCCUCAUUACUGGAAGGAUUAGGGAAACUAAAGUUGGGCAUAGCCAGGAAUCUAAAAUGGAACUCGAAAUGAAACAAAACUGGGCAUUAGAAAACAUUGGAAACAAUCUUCAUGAGAGAUCUUGGAAAGGAUUAGAACAAAAAUUAGGUGAGACUGAAGUAAAACCUGCACAAACAGGCCGCAAGGGUAUACCUCUACAGUAUAACAAUGAGCCAAAAUGAAUUUUAAUAGCUACACACAGUGGGAUUUAAUAAUGGGAUUUAAUUUUCUCUUAUAAGAACAACUUAAUAUACAUGAUUAAAAAAUACAAGUUAC